AUGUCGACAGUAAAAACUAAGAAAUAUCAUCUAGCUGAUGUGCUUUACGGGAAAUGUGAUAAUCAACCAGUUAUUGUUGAAGCUGUACAAUUUCACGGAGUUAAAACUACUAAAAAUGAUGCAUUAUUAAAAGAAACUGGAUAUCUGUAUACAGUUUCAUCACUUCCGGAAUUGAUACGAUGUUGCGAUUUGGCUGCCAAACAUCUUCGUGAAGUUGGCCUUGUGGACAGUGUCACUCCACUGAUUGAUACAGUAAAUGGAAAACGGGGCAGAUAUAUAGUUGAUUUCAUAAUAAAAGAACCGAAAUCAUUCACUUUAGGUGUUAAGGCUGGAAUGACUAGUCGAGGUGAAACUGAUUAUUCAUUGAAUGCGGGCAAAGAAAGUUUUGGAGGACGUGGUGAAUCGGUGAAUGCAUAUUAUUCCUAUACUUUCGAGGGUAAUCAAACUUUCAAUAUUUCAAUGGCAAAACCUUUUCUGGGUUGGCAGAAGUAUGCUAACAUCGGAUUCUCUUUGUAUCGAAGUUUGGGGAAUUUACCAUGGAAUCUUAGUAAUAUGGAGGAAAUUGGAUUGAUACUGCAGUACAAUGGUCAGUUAUGGAACAGAAAACUUCACCAUAAUAUGAAAUUAAAUACGAUCUGGCGAAAAUUUUGUCCAACAGAAAAAGCAGCAUUUUCGGUUCGUGAGCACGCAGGCUAUACAAUGAAGUGUUCAGUGCAGAAUUCGUUCGCUUACGAUACACGAGACCGACCACUUCUCGCAACAAAAGGUGUUUUACUGAAAGUUGCUCAGGAAUACGCAGGCCUUCUUGGUGAUGCAGCAUUUGUCAAACAUCAGUUUGAUGCUCAA